CCCCGGAUCCUGCACGGGAUUCUCCAGGCUGUCCUGAGGCCGGGCAGUGCCCGCCAUGUCCACCAAAGUGCCCAUUUACCUCAAGAGGGGCAGCCGCAAGGGCAAGAAGGAGAAGCUGCGGGAUAUCCUCUCCUCGGACAUGAUCAGCCCUCCCUUGGGCGAUUUCCGCCACACCAUCCACGUGGGCAGCGGCGGUCAAGCUGACACUUUUGGGGACAUUUCCUUCCUUCAGGGCAAAUUCCACCUCCUUCCUCGUGGCCACGGCGAGGGCGGCGAUGACCCCGAGGAGACGCCGGCGCCGUUCGAGUUCUCGCGGGCGGCCACCAUGUCCGGCACCGAAGCGGCCGCGGCGCCGUCGCCGCUGCUSAAAAACGCCAUUUCUCUGCCGGCGUUGGGAGGGACGCAGGCGCUGACCCUUCCUCCCGCUCCGGCCGCUCCGGCCGCGCCGCCCAAACCGCCGCGGCUGCAUCUGGACGAGGUGACAACGGUGACAUCKCCCCGUGCCAACGGCGAGUCCGAGGCGUUCCCGUGCCACGCCGGCUCGCUGCUGUCCCUCCACGUGGACCUGGGGCCGUCCAUCCUGGACGAUGUCCUGCAGGUGAUGGAGCGGCACCGCGGCGAGCGCGGCGGGGCCMGGCCGCAGGUGCUGACGUGAGGUGGUCACCAAGGGGUGGACGAUGGCCACCAGGAGCUGGCAAGGAGGAUGGAGACGGUUUUGGGGUGGUUUUUGGGUUUGGGGUGGGAGAGGUU